AUGCUAUUAAUCACUUAUCUACCGGUGUGUUUUUUUUUUACUUCACACAAUGCAAAUUACAUUAAAGCUUUCCCUCUCUUUCCCUUUGUUUUAUUCUUCCCCUCUCUUCCAACGUUUGCCUUCUUUUCCUUCCUUCUCGCGCUCUUCCGUCUCUUUCGUCCUCUCUCUUACCAUAAGCUUUCCCUCUACCUCUAUUUCUCCCUUUGUGAUUUUGUAAUCGUUCUUUGUUUCUUUCUCCCACACCAUGCUUUCCUCUAUUUCCUUCUUUACUCCUUCUUUCUCUCUCACAACCGCGAUACCACUCUCCUACUCAUGCUCUCUUUUCUUUCUUACUCUUACUCUACUUCCUCUUCCCUUCUUUCUUUCUUACUCUACGUCCUCUUUUCUUUUCUUACUCUUAAUCUACUUCCUCUUCCCUUUUCUUUCUUACUCUUACUCUACUUCCUCCUCCCUUUUCUUAUUCUUACUCUACUUCCUCUUCCCUUUUCUUACUCUUACUCUACUUCCUCUUCCCUUCUUUUUCCUUACUCUUCCUCCUCCUUUUCUUUCUUACUCUUCUCUUCUUCCUCCUCCUUUUCUUCUUCUCUCUUCCUCCUCCUUUUCUUUCUUACUCUUACUCUACUUCCUCCUCCUUUUCUUACUCUUACUCUACUUCCUCCUCCUUUUCUUUUCUUACUCUUCCUACUUCCCUUUUCUUUCCUUUUCUCUACUUCCUCUUCCCUUUUCUUACUUUACUCUCCCUCCUCCUUUUCUUAUUCUUCUCUACUUCCUCUUCCCUUUUCUUACUCUUACUCUACUUCCUCUUCCCUUUUCUUUCUUACUCUACUUCCUCUUUUUUUCUUACUCUACUUCCUCUUUCUUUCUUUCUUUCUUUCUUUCUUUUCCUCUCCUGACCUUUCACACAAUCUCUUUUUAAGCACAUUUACAUAG